CGGAGUCGUUUGCAGAGCUGGAGCUGCCGCAAAGCCCCGUCCUCCAGGGCUUUUUUAAACACCGUGUUUUGCUUCAUGCUCCAACUAUAUCAUCCAAUUGACGAGCUUCAGCGCUAAAAAGCGUUGAACCGGCGACGACGAGAGCUUUAUUAGGAAGAAAGACACCAACUGCAUGUUUGAAAAACUGUGAAGGAAAAAUAACAGAGAGAGACAGAGAAGGAGAGAGAUACUGGAUUGCGGGUCAACAAAUUUAACCCUUCAUCUGCGGCUGCAUUGUCGCUCUCUAUCUGUAGGGGGAACGGUUAGUUUUUGGGGGUCGGGGGGAGACACGACACGAAGGAGUCUCUCCGUGGUGAAAUGUGAGUGUCGUUGACCGCUAUUCCCCCUUUUUAUUUUUCAAUGUGGUUGAGACUGCAGCCGUCGCAGCGAGCUCGGAGUGUCCGCGUUGAUGCAGCAGUGCUCGGCUGCCACCGGACCUGGGAAGACAAUAGUGGAAAUAUGAAAUAUAUACACGACGCCGGCCUGGACUCCCCAAAACGACACUAGAAAACUGAGUCUCUACACCCGCUGCUUUUUUUGGGAUUCACCAGUCGUGACUUUCUCUGCAGUGUCCGCGUGAGGAAUCAGGGUUAGACAGUGAAGCGACAGCCGGGCAGGUACCUGCUGAAGGAUGGCGGCCGUGGUGAACUACUCUCCACCGUGGUGGGUGAAUCUGCUCCACCGGUUGCCUCAUUUCAAUUUGGAGUUCCAGGUAGUGAGCAGUGACUUCAGGCCGGAGGACUCUGAGUACCAGAAGUCUAUUCUGCUGCUCGGUGCCGUGGCCCUGCUGUGUCUGGGCCUGGACCUCAUCUUCCUCCUCUUCUACUCCUUCUGGCUUUGCUGCCGACGGCGCAAGAGCGACGACUCCUCGCACUCCCAUACGCACUCCCAGCAGCCCAGCGCCGACUGCUGCUGCACCGCCUGGUGCGUCAUCAUCGCCACGCUCGUCUGCAGCGCUGGCAUCGCCGUAGGAUUCUACGGAAAUGGGGAGUCGAGUGACGGAGCCAAUCGUGUGGCUUACUCGCUCCGUCAUGCCAACCGCACCGUGUCUGGGGUGGAGAAACUGGUGUCAGACAGUGCCCUAGCCUUAAACCAGACAGUGGAGGAUAACCUGGGCCAGUUGGAGACAGCGUACCAGGAGCAGACGGACUACGUGUCCAUCGUUCAAAAGCUGCAGGGACAGUUGGACGAGCUGGUGAAGCUGAUGGUGGAUGUUCCCUUCUGGUCCAAUACUGACAUUUCCCUGGAGGACCUGGCCCGCAAGACAGAGGCCUUUGACUUUUACAGGUGGUUGGGGUACCUUGGCCUGCUGCUGUUUGAUGUUCUCAUUUGUCUCCUGGUACUCUUCGGCCUGAUACGCAACUCCAGGGGAACUCUGAUUGGAGUGUGUCUCAUGGGGGUUCUCACUUUGAUAAUCAGCUGGGGGUCUCUCGGCCUGGAACUGGCUGUCGCUGCUUCGGCCAGCGACUUCUGCGUUUCCCCGGAUACCUACAUCACCAGGGUAACCAAGGAUAAUGCUGUCAUCAACCAAGAUAUCCUGCAGUAUUACCUGAAGUGCAGCUCUGGCCAAGUUAACCCUUUCCAGCAGAGGCUGUCAGGGAGCCACAAAGCAUUGGUGGAGAUGCAGGAUGAUGUGGCAGAACUACUGAGAUCAGCAACACGUGAUUAUGCCAACACCAAGGGAACUCUCGAGCAAAUCCAGUCUGUGCUGAAUUCCACUGAAGUCGGUCUUCACCAGCUGACUGCUCUGGUCGACUGUCGCAGCCUACACAUGGAUUACGUCCAAGCGUUGACAGGACUGUGUUACGACGGCGUGGAGGGUGUCAUCUACCUGGUGCUUUUCUCCUUUGUCACCGCUCUCAUGUUCUCCUCAAUUGUAUGCAGUGUGCCACAUACCUGGCCUGGCAAGAGGACGGAUGAGGAAGACGGAGAGGACGAGUCGGGUGCCUCACGGGGCGGUGUGCACGAUAACCUGUACCGCGUUCACAUGCCCAGUCUCUACAGCUGUGGCUCCAGCUACGGUAGCGAAGCUAGCCUGCCCGCUACAGCCCACACUGUCAGCAAUGCCCCCGUCACUGAAUACAUGAGCCAGAACGCAAACUUUCAGAACCCUCGGUGUGAGAACACCCCCCUGAUUGGCAGGGAGUCCCCUCCACCCUCUUACACCUCUAGUAUGAGAGCGAAGUACCUGGCCACAAACCGACCGGACCAGAACCGACGCUCAGUUCCCAACGACCAGCUGGACCCAGCUAGCCGGCCUCACCCCACUGCCCGACCACAGUCCUCAGUCCAUUAGAGACCGGAGCCGCACCAGUCCACCCCCCUGUACUGCCUGAAUCCAGUUCUCACAGCCAACAACAACAACAACAACAACAACACCACUACGACCCAACCCAAUGCUCAGUAGAGCUUUAAGCACCAACAGGACCCUGGUUUGUCAAGGUCUGCUGAAUUUCACCAAAACCGGUUCACCAGAAACACAACAGCAAGCCAGAAACUCAUCAACCAAGAGCCUCAGCAAAGGACAGCACUUUUAUGGUCAACUCCUCCGUCUCAACACAGAAAAUCCAUAAAACCGAAACCCAUCUCAGAAGAUCAGUUAUCUCUUCUCUCAUUCUUUGUGGACACACACACACACACACACGCCCAGCGCUGCUCAGCUGAUCAGCCCGACACACACCCACAAUGCACAGCAACUAAAGCGCCUUGACUCGGACUUCAGUUUCUUCUACUACUGUUCAAAUCUGUCCUCCUCCACCGGGAUCCGUACACCGCCCCCUAGUGGAGACAGCUACACCCACUCAAACCCACUCAAUCCCCUCACACUUUUACAUUCAGACUACAGGCACACACACAUGCAAACACACACACACAGACACACACACAUGCACACACACAUGCACACACACAUGCACACACACACUGUACAGAUCUGUAAAUAGUAAAACGUGUGCUUUACUCUGAUUUCAUGAAGAAUAGACUGUUGAAUCAUUACUGGUAAUGUGGUGUGCUGCGUGUUUAUCAUGGAAACUUUUGCUGUAUAUCUCAUACUUACACACACACACACACACACACACACACACACACGCACACACAAAAACAAACACACAAAUAAGCAGAUAGUCUUAACUGAACACACAUCUUUAUAGAUAAUAAGCCAGUGAAUCAGAAAGCCAUGUUUAGAUAGAAACCGUACCAACCACAUCCACGCUCUCUGUCUUUAGCUUAACAUUCGUCGUCUUAACUAAGACUUAUAACUUGAAUCGUGAGCUCAAAAAAAAGUGUGUCCACUUCUCUCUCUCUGGCUCUCUCUCUCUCUCCGUAUACGUGCAACACGCACGUCGCUUAAUGCAUUUUUAAUAUGAGCCAGGAAUCCUGUUGUGGAAUAACUGUUUCGAUUUUGGGGGGGGGAUUCGAGUGAGAGGAGUCAAAGAACACAAGGAGGCUCAACCUGUGCCAAAAAACUCUGAAUAACAUGAGGGAUGCCUGAUUCUAUCCUCUUCUCUCCUACUGCCUCCAUAUGUCUCAAAAAAAAGGGAAAAACCAACUCAAGUGGAAUGUUUUCCCUCCAGCUGUACAUAAUAAAGGAAACGGGAAAAGACACUUGAAAAGGGCGAACAACGGACAGAAAAUGGAAUAAAUUACGACGAAACGUUUACCAGGUGCUAUGUAAGCCAGUCAAAAAGUUCCAGGACUGAGGAGGGAUGGAAACUUUUAUUAUUACUUUUAAUGUUUUUGUUUUCAUUCAGGGAUGUGAUUAGGAAAGCAAAAGCAGUGAAAAAAACAAAAAACAGGAAGUUGUGUCCCGAAACCUGAAAUAUCAUGUCCCUUGAUGAAAAAUGUUGCUUCAAAAUGUUUCAAAAUUAAAGGAUGGUGGGUGUUUUUUUAUGUUUUUAUCAUAAGCUGACAUUCGGGAUGUGAUACUGUGACAAACUGUAGUAUUUUAUCUCUGCUUCUAUACUGUUGUUAGGUUUUUAUCCUCCUCUGCUUUUAUUUUGUCAACUGGUGACAUCGUUGGAUUGAUAUUUUUAGCCACCGGUAGCGACUCCUUUUUUGUUUUUCUCUCUUUUUCUUUUUUAAAAACCCAUUUAAGCACAAAUUCUCUCUGAGGUGACUUUGUGAGAACGAGAAGAAAAAAAACACACUGCCCGGGACACUUCCAGUGGUUGUUUUCCUGCUCCGAGACUGUGUACAGUGUAUAAAAAACAGUAGUCGUGAACCUGUGUGUGUGUGCGUGACAUCACUGCAGCGUGAUUGGCUCUAUCGCUCUAUCUCAGUGUUACCGUGUGUAAGUACAGUGAUCGGUGUGUUUGACUGGCAGCAAGUAAGGGCCAGCUUAUCUAGCCUGAGUCAUUUCUACACAGACGCAACGCAUGCCCUCAUACACACACACACACAUACAUUCUGUACACACACACACACACACACAUACACAUAUGCUGUACAGACACACACACACACAUUCAAUUCAAUACAAUACACACCACAGCUGCUUAUAAAAUCCAUCUUACCCUACUUUUGUCCUGUUUACAUGCACACAUAGAUCUGUAGUAACUGCACGCGUCCACCCACAGCUGUGACAUCACACUGAUAACCACCAUUUGCAUUAUGGGUGAUGUAGUAUGUAGUAAGCAAAUUUCAGAUUUCAAAGCAAGUCAAUUCAGGAUCUAAUGACUAGAUCGGGAUCUAGUCAUUAGAGCGAGCAAGAGCAAGAGCCCUAACAUUCAAACGCCUCUCAAACACCAUUCCUGUACAGCAUUUUAAUAUUUGAUUAAUCAAUGACCACUUCUCGUAUUAGCGAGACAAUCUUACAUGUGUGAUUUUAUUAGAAAGAGAGAUGCCCAUGUUAUGGUAACAAUGCUACCUAUGGUCUUGUACUUUACAGUGUUUUUUGCACCAUUGAUGCAAACGAUGUUAAGAUCUGUGGGUCUAGUCACUGAUUAAUGGCCUUUCAUAAUGUUUUUAAACUCUUACAACACUCUUCAUAUCACAACUUCAUAUGUUUUUUUAAUUUUUCUCUGUCUUGUAAAAAUCAAACUUUAAAGAUAAAAUAAUAGCUAGCUGUUUUGUAGGAGAAUAAAGGCAAGAGCAGCGUUUUUCCUCUCUUAUUAAUGGUGAAUGACUCUCUGUCUUGCAAUGUUUUAAUAAAACUAUUCCAGUGUAGUCUGCGCACCUGACGUACAGGUGUAUUUGAAUUCCUGUGUGUGUGACGCUUUUAUGGGAUUUAACCAUCCCGGUGCAGUGCGACUCGUUGGAAAAAGAGCCACACUCCCGAAGAAGAGUGAGGAAUGCUCGCAUGUAUGUGUGCUGUUAUAACAGGACUUCAAAUACACCUCUGUCCAGAUGUGACAGAAAACCAAUGUUUUCUAUGGCUGUUUUUAUUUUCUGAUGGUUUAACUAAAAUAUUAAUGAUGUACAUGUCAAAACUGUGGUAAUGAUAUAAUUCAGCCUGGAAUAAAUGUUUUAAAAAAAAGAAAUUAAAGCAACUUUAACGUACUGA